CUCUCUUGUUUACAGAACCCUGUUCCCUCUACAAUACACCGAUUGCUAAGUUACAUUUUAGAAUAGGAAGCAAUAAACAUAAUCCACCACCAUGGCAGCAGCUGCAGCUACAGCAUCAACAACAGAAGAAGACGUGUGCAUGACCCCCGACUCCACCACCAUGGUGGACAUCAAGAACAUCCUGCCCAGCGAGAGCUACGCUAAGUCCCUCCUGGUACAGAUGAACGCCCUGCGGAAGAAGGAGACCUUGUGUGACGUCAUGUUGGUCGUGAAGGGACAGGAGUUCCCGGCGCAUCGCAUCGUGCUGGCAGCUGCGAGCGAUUAUUUCUGUGCUAUGUUUACGAAUGAGAUGUCAGAAAAAAGCCAGUCAUCAGUGGAGCUGCAGGGCCUGUCUCCACGUGUGAUGGAGAUCCUGCUGGACUUCGUGUACACGGAGACUGUCAAUGUCACAGUGGAGAAUGUGCAGGAUCUCCUGCCUGCUGCCUGUCUCUUACAACUCAAAGGUGUGAAGGAAGCCUGCUGCGACUUCCUGGAGAGUCAGCUCGAUCCCUCCAACUCCCUGGGCAUCAUGAGUUUUGCGGACGCUCACACCUGCCAGUCCCUGAGACGAGCGGCAGAGGUGCACACCCACCGGCACUUCUCAGACGUGGUGCAGCAUGAAGAGUUCCUCCUGCUGGAGAGGGAUGACGUGGAAAAACUACUCAAGUGUGACGAGAUUCAGGUACCGUCAGAAGAGCCAGUGUUUGAGGCCCUGAUGCAGUGGGUGAAACACAGACUGGAGGGCAGGAAGCCGUACCUGCCUGAGCUGUUAGAGUCUGUCAGACUGCCUCUUCUCACACCCAGAUACAUCACUGAUGUGGUGGACAAGGAGAUGCUGAUCAGAAGAAGCUUGGAGUGUCGAGAUCUGGUGGACGUAGCCAAGAGAUUCCACCUGAGACCAGAGCUGCGAGCAGAGAUGCAGGGACCACAGACCAAGCCCAGAACAGGUGCCAGUGAAGUGAUGUUGGUGAUCGGAGGCUUUGGCAGCCAACAGUCUCCUGUUGACACCGUGGAAAAAUACAACCCCAAAACUGAGGAGUGGGAGUUUCUUCCUGCUAUAACCAAGAAGAGACGGUAUGUUGCGUCCUGUUCCCUGAACGACCGUGUGUACGUGAUCGGAGGUUACGAUGGGCGCUCCAGACUCAGCACGGUGGAGUGUCUAGACUACCACAUGUUCAGUCGGCAUAAGAACGAGACGUGGAGGAACAUCUCAUCUAUGACACACAGGAGGGGGCUGGCCUCAGCCUGUGUGAUGGGGGACCAUAUCUACGUGGCGGGAGGGUUUGAUGGUUCAUACCGACACAGCAGUAUGGAGAGAUACGACCCUCAGAUAGACAGAUGGACAGUAUUAGGGGACAUGGAGAAUGGACGUGAGGGGGCGGGACUCAUAGCAGCCAAUGGGUCCAUCUACUGUAUAGGGGGGUAUGAUGGGCUGCACAUCCUCCGGUCAGUGGAGAGAUAUGACCCCAACAGUGGACAGUGGACAACACUACCCUCCAUGGUCACUAAGAGAUCAGGUGCAGGAGUCGGUUUGAUAAAUGACACCAUCUACGUGGUGGGAGGGUUUGACGGCAGCACCCACUUAAACUCCGUGGAGUGCUUCAACGUGCGGACCAACCAGUGGACACGGGCAGCCAACAUGGUGUCGGCACGCUGCUAUGUAGGAGCCACUGUACUACAGGGGAGACUGUACGCUAUAGCAGGGUAUGAUGGUCAGUCCCUACAGAGCAGUAUCGAGGCGUAUGACACCAUCACGGACAGCUGGGAGGUGGUGUCCAACAUGGCCACACAGAGAUGUGAUGUGGGCAUAGCCGUAGUGUCAGAGGUGUAACUGGUAACAGGGUAUCAGACAGAAAAGUAUUUAAAUUGAAGUAUUUUGGAUUCAAUGCAACUUUGGGCUGUUCCAUUUGUAAAGUUUAGGAGAGAUGGUCU